AUGGAUUCAGAACUAUCGCUCCGUCAAGUCCUAGACAUUGGCCACCUAGCCGGGGAACCAGUGCCCAUAGCACCUACUGGUUAUUACAAUUGGGAGGUUUCUCCAGAUCCCGCCAACAGUUUCAACGGACAUUCCGUUGUUAGUAAUGGACUGACACUUUUGGAAUCUCUAAAGGCGAAAGGCUUCAUAAAACCAGAAAUGAGUAAAGUCGAAGCCUUUACAGAUUGUGUUUUGAACCCGGAAUCCAUAGAUGAUCGGCAAGGAGCUUUCGCGGAGGGUCUCGCUAUACUGGCACGCAUCGAUCCAAAACUCGAGCUCUCUCAGAAACUCAAUAACGCCGUCAUUGGAUCCCUCUACGAUACAUUUCCACAUCCUCCGGUAUCAUAUCUCGGGCCUGAACAUUCGUUUAGACAAGCUGAUGGAGGUGGCAAUAAUCUUCAAAGCCCUGAGAUCGGAAAAGCGGGAACGCCUUAUGUACGGAGUGUCCAAGGUAAGGGUGGCUUACCAAGGACUUCACUGCCAGAUCCGGGUCUCGUCUUCGAUACUUUACUAAAGCGUCGUGAGCAAAAAACACAUGCUGGCGGAAUGUCAAGCUUGAUUUUUGCUUUUGCCACCAUUGUUACCCAUUCGCUUUUCCGAACUGAUCUGAAAAAGAUACAUAUCAAUAAUGCCAGCUCAUACUUCGAUCUGAGUCCUCUCUACGGAGAUAAUCAGACUGCGCAAGACAAAGUACGCGAUAAAUCCAGGGGUCGGGGCCUCUUAUAUCCCGACACCUUUUCGGAGGAACGCUUGACAUUUUUGGUCCCAGCAACGAGUGUGUUGCUGGUUCUUUUCAGCCGUAACCACAACUACAUUGCAGAAAAGCUGUUGAAGAUUAACGAGAAGAAGAGAUGGUCCGACCCCCCGCCGACUGAUCCUACUCUAAGAGCUGCCCAAGAUGAAGAGAUUUUCCAGACAGCAAAGCUCGUUAAUUGUGGUCAUUUCAUGAGCGCUAUUCUCGGAGACUACGUAGCUGGAUUCCUCGGGUCCUCAGAAGGAUGUAACUGGGAAAUGGCCCCUUUCGAUAUAAUUAAGGGCAAGUCGGGGGAAGUGGAACGAGGCAAGGGAAAUCACAUCAGCGCAGAGUUCAAUGUCCUGUAUCGGUGGCAUUCUACUUUGUCUGAAGCUGAUGAGAAAUGGACGAACGACAUGUUCAGCGACAUAUUCAAGGGAAAGCCAUUUGAUCAGCUCACAUUGGCAGAUCUAUCCGUUAUCUCCAAAAUUUUCGGCUCGAUUGAGCCCAAUCCGGCUAAACGUACCUUUGCUGGUUUGCAGCGUGGCGCUGACGGGAAGUUUUCCGAUGACGACUUAUCUAAAAUUCUCAAUACUGCUAUUGAAACCCCUGCGGGAGCAUUCCGAGCACGUGGAACCCCACCAGCGUUGCGACUGGUCGAGAUUAUGGGCAUAGAACAGGCUCGAUCAUGGGGGCUAUGCACGAUGAAUGAAUUCAGGAAGUUCCUUGGGUUGAAAGUAUUCGAAGAGUUUGAGGACUGGAAUCCAGAUCCUAAAAUUGCAGGCGCAGCUCGCCAGCUUUAUGGACACGUUGAUAACCUUGAACUCUACCCUGGAAUCCACGCUGAGCAAACGAUGCCGGUCGCUUCCGGAUCUCAACUUGCGGCUGGGUAUACUCUUACUCGGGCUGUUCUUGGUGACGCUUUGGUUCUUAUUCGAGGUGACAGAUUUUUCACUACCGACUUUACACCCAACAAUUUGACUACCUGGGGAUUCCAUGACUGCCAAAGAAAUAUGAACAAUGGAGGUCACGGAUCCGAGAUCUCGAAGCUUAUGUUACGUCACUUGCCUAGACACUACUCAUGGAAUGCGUCCCAUUCGCUAUAUCCAUUCUUCACACCAGCACAUAUGAAUAAAUCCUUAACCCGUCAGGAAUUGCAACAAAAAUACACGUUUGAUCGACCACAAGUACUUUCCUGCACAAAGGUUCUCAGUACCUUGACCGGUAUCCGAAAUUUCUUUGAGGAACCCACGAAAUUCAAAGCCAUUUACAAUGACUUUGGAUACGGGCCUAUCUCCAAGUUCCAAGAGAUAGCAAGACGAGGAGAAGGUCGAUCAAAAACUUUGCAGGUCAUGUUCCCCGAUCGAGACUCGUCUAUGGAUUAUGUUAGAUAUUACUCGAAAAUGCUCCAACUCAAAAUUUCAGAAACUGCCUGGUCAUACGACGGGGUUCCAGGGACAUAUAUUGACGUUGUGAGAAGUAUAAUCUAUCCUGCGGUAGCCCGUGUAGCUUCAGAUCUAUGGAUUGGUUUACCGCUCAAAACAAAAGAUUGCCCCAAGGGCAUACACACUGAGAUGCAAGUCUUCGAUACGCUUUCUCUUCUUUUCAAGUUCGUGAAUGUGAUGCUGUUACUUACGCUCCCAGUUAACUGUGUUCUUUUUAGUGUUUCAUUCCUGGCGCCUGAUAAACCAGAGAUUAGAUUCUCUCUUCACGAUGUUUCAUUAUCUGCUGGUAGGGGUCUGGCAAUGUUUACCAGGAAGUCCCUUACGGAAGCAUCGGUGGCACAAAAUUUACCUAAUUUCAUUGCACGCAAGGCCGCCGCUGUCGCUUCGAUUGUCCAACCUGGAUCCCAAAAAUUAGCGUUCCCUCUUGCCUCUAAACUGGCGAACACUGGUCGCGAGCACAGCGAAAUUGCCAGCAAUAUCCUCGAUAUCGCUGUCAGUACCUCGAUCAACCAGGCGUAUUCAGCAGCGAGGAUGAUCGAUUUUUACCUCGAUGACGACAGAAAGGCGGCUAAGGAACAUAUCAUUGAAUUGGCAAAAAGUGAUACAGAGGAAAACAACGAACUUUUGAGGGGAUAUGUGUCUGAAGCUCUCCGGUUGCGGCCUCCAUUGGAUAAUUUCUGGGGAGAGGUAGUCGUUGAUACAACAAUUGAACAAGGUAAUGGAUUGCCUCCUCUUAACCUAAGUAGAGGGGAUCGUGUUCGGGCGAGUCUCCUUAAUGCGCAGCUUAACGACAAUGAUGUUCCGAACCCAAUUGAGGUUGACCCAAGGCGUCCAUCCGUCUUAUCGAACGCUCUGAACAACAAGAUCUUCCGUGGGACAUAUGAAUACGUCCAGUUGUCUAUGGUUGAAACCCUUAAAGUGGUGUUCUCACUGAAGAACGUGCGGCGCGCUGCCGGAGAUGCUGGAAGGUUAAGGAAGUUUACGGAAACAGCGUACGAGACCCAGACGGAUGUCUAUAUCCAAAGAAACGGUACCACUGAUUAUCUUCCUGGAUCUUUGAACUUGGUGUAUGACGCCUAA